GACUGCGGACACAGUACAGGAGAUGACCAGAGACUGCAGACAUAGUACAGGAGAUGACCAGAGACUGCAGACAAUAGUACAGGAGAUGACCAGAGACUGCGGACAUAGUACAGGAGAUGACCAGAGACUGCGGACAGUACAGGAGAUGACCAGAGACUGCGGACACAGUACAGGAGAUGACCAGAGACUGCGGACAUAGUACAGGAGAUGACCAGAGACUGCGGACAUAGUACAGGAGAUGACCAGAGACUGCGGACACAGUACAGGAGAUGACCAGAGACUGCGGACACAGUACAGGAGAUGACCAGAGACUGCGGACACAGUACAGGAGAUGACCAGAGACUGCGGACACAGUACAG